AUCUAGUGGUUUUCUGCCGUAUCUUCUCACAGCGCUCAAUUGCAACGUGGCCAUCACCUAUGUCAGCAUCAAGAAGCGGGAAACCCGGAAGAGAGUCGAGAGCCUGUACUGUGCCAGUGUACCAUAGUACUAGUCGUACGACCCACAUCUAUUUCUGAAGUUGUUGAUACAACGACGCGUGGUUUGGUUGCAACCCGAGGGCACUAGGUAGGCUUCAGUAAUUGAGAUUGAGCUGAGAUCCUUCCCCUGGAGCUGGACCAAGGAUGGUAGUCGCUUGCAGCCCUACGAGCUCAGAUCGCAAUAACGGGAGAAAGAUUCCCUCAAUUUUCCAUGGUUGGAUGCUGCGUGAAAAGGCACUAUGUCACAAUUGGAAACCGUCGGUGCGGCUGAAGAGUGUUUGAGGACUUUGAGUUGUGCAAGGCUUGCGCAUUCGGGGAUCAGACAUCACUCACCUCAAUAUGUCAACAUGGUGAGAUCAUUUAUUGUUUAUUCACUGAUGUCGGAGCCUUAUAUUUCCUUCACUCCCCCUCAUUGCGUUUUCCUAUAUCAUUAGGCGUUCAAGUCAAACCAGAUCUCUACUUCCCUGGCCCUUUUACCUUUGCAACAUUGACGAGAAGCAGCAACUAGCAUGUCUGAUCAAGACCCUACUGGGCUGUCCGAAGGCUCUACCGAUAUGGCCGACUUGACGAGAGAUGUGGAAAAAGGCCAUGAACUCGGCCGCCAUUUGACAAACACGCUGGUGGAAAGUUUCUCCUGGGCCGACGUUGGCAUCACAGUGAAAGAUCGAAAAUCGGGCCAACCUCUCAAGAUCCUCGACUCGAACUAUGGCUGCGUCAGAGCUGGCAACGUCCUUGCAUUGAUGGGCCCUUCAGGUUCAGGAAAGACGACGCUGUUGAACACUCUUGCCCACAGGACAUCUACUAUGAAAGGGGACAUUAAGGGCAAGAUCAUGAUCAAUGGGCGAGUCACCAACCGGCAGGCUAUUCGGAAAGUGUCUAGUUAUGUCGAGCAAGAGGACGCCAUGAUCGGUAUACUCACACUGCAUGAGACGGUCGACUUUGCUGCGAGGCUUGCGCUUCCAACGAAUCUUUCGAAAAGAGAGAGGCUCGCAAGGGUGGACGAACUUAUCGAGUCAUUUGGGCUUCAACGACAAAAAAAUAACAUCGUCGGCACACCUCUUCGCAAAGGCCUGAGUGGCGGGCAAAAGCGCAGACUCAGCGUGGCCAGUCAGCUCGUGACAUCUCCACGGAUACUCUUCCUCGAUGAACCGACCAGUGGACUUGAUUCUGCCGCGUCCUACGAAGUCAUGAACUAUAUCAAGCAGGUCGCCAAGGAGCACCGCUUGGUCUGUAUUACGUCCAUUCAUCAGCCAUCGACCACGACGUUCGAGUUGUUCGACCAAUUGAUGCUCUUGUCCGGGGGACGAACCUGCUACUUCGGUCCAGUAUCGGACGUUCAUGGCUAUUUUGAGCGCAUUCAGCGGCCGAUCCCGCUGCAUAUAAACCCAGCAGAAUUCCUCCUGGAACUGGUCAACAGCGACUUUGGCAAUUCCUCACACCGUACACAGGAUGAACUCAGUUACAUCCAAAGCUCCUGGUCGUCCUGUCAAGAGUGCAAGUCCGCUAUUGAAGAAUGCAGCUUCACAUCGCCAGGGGAACCUUCAGGGACCACGCCUCACCACUCCAAUCAAAACGUCCUCGCCAUAUCUUGGAUCCUGCUACACCGUAACUUCAUCAAGUCCUACCGAGACAUCAUUGCGUAUGGUACCCGGGUGGCCAUGUACUUCGGCCUGGCAAUCAUGAUGGGCACGGUCUGGCUUCGUCUCUCGUACGACCAAGAAUCAAUUCAACCCUUUAUCAACGCGAUUUUCUUUGGUGGAGCCUUUAUGUCGUUCAUGGCUGUGGCAUAUGUCCCUUCCAUCAUCGAAGAUCUACACACAUUUCGUAAGGAGCGAGCCAACGGACUUUACGGCCCUCUUCCAUUCACGAUCGCCAACGCGCUUGUGGGCAUCCCUUGGCUGUUCCUCAUUUCUCUACUCUUCUCCAUAAUCACCUACUGGCUCGGACACUUCAGACCCACAGCAGGCGGCUUCUGGAUGUGGGUGUUGUGGUUGUUCCUAGAUCUCCUGGCCGCCGAAGGCCUCGUGGUCCUGGUAUCAAGCAUCUUCCCCAUUUUCGUCGUGUCGCUCGCCAUCACUGCCUUCGCCAAUGGUUUGUGGAUGUGCGUGGGAGGGUUUCUUGUUCCUUUGGGUACUUUGAAUGUGUUUUGGAAAUGUAAGCUUCAAAUGCCACGGCCAAUCUAGCAACCAGCUAAUCAAUCUUGCAGACGUGUUCCAUUACAUCGACUACCAAGCCUACGUCUUCCAAGGAAUGAUGGCAAACCAGUUUCGAAGUACCAUCUGGAACUGCGCCAAACUAGCCACGGGCUACCAGUGCAUGUAUCCAAGUGAUCUGGCUUCCGAGGGCAAGAUUCGUGGCACCGCCGUCCUUCGCGCAUACAAGUAUCCCUGGUCUGACGACAAGAUCGGAGAGUGGAUCGGGAUCAUGUUUGCCAUCAUUUUCGCUUACCGUAUCCUGGGGUAUCUGGCUUUGGUCUUGAAGAAGCAUUAAUGUAUCAAGGGCUUGUUGAGCACAGUUUGGGUCCUCCAAUCCCCUUCAUCAAUCAUCGGUUGCCAGAGAGCAAUCCUGCAAAGCUUGGUGGUGCCAACGACUUCAUCAGCGACAGCCUCGCUUGCUUAAUUAGGCGCCAGUAUCAAUCUGCGAAUUAGACAUCUUUAUUUUGUACUUUUCUGUUUCGAGAUAAUGAAAGGAGAUAUAAUGAAAGGAGAUAAAUGGUCCAGAAGCAAGUCUGGG